UCUGGAAGACCAGACACGCUCGCCGAGCUCGCCCGCGCCGCCGCUCCUCACCCGGGAGGCGCCCGCCCGCACUGCCCGCCCGCUCCGAGCUCCCGGCCCGGCCGCGGCACAGAAAGUUUUCCCGGGCUCGCGGCCUGCGGGAAGCGGAGCGGGCACGGCGGGGAGGCGGUCGCCGCGCGGGCCCGCCGAGUGCAUGGUGCGGGGCGUCCGGGCCGCGCGUCAGGAGGAGCUGGGGCGGGGCCGGGCUGCGUCCAGCUCCUGAGCCUCCGUCCAGCGGCGCCCGCAGCCGCCUUCCCUUGGGACUGCCGCGGGGGUCGCGCUCCAGCGCCAUGUCCCGGCUGCUGCCGCUGCUGGGGAGCCGGACGGCGCGCAGCCUGAGGCCGGGCCCUGCCGCCGCGCCCCGCCCUCCGUCCUGGUGCGGCUGCGGCCGGGGGCUGCUGGCGCUCGGGGUCCCCGGCGGUCCCCGGCUUUUGGGCACACACCCCAAGAAGGAGCCCAUGGAGGCGCUGAACACGGCGCAGGGCGCGCGCGACUUCAUCUACAGCCUGCACUCCACCGAGAGGAGCUGCCUGCUCAAGGAGCUGCACCGCUUCGAGUCCAUUGCCAUCGCCCAAGAAAAGUUGGAAGCUCUGCCACCCACUCCAGGCCAGCUGAGAUAUGUAUUCUUCCACAAUGCGAUACCUUUCGUAGGGUUUGGCUUUUUGGAUAAUGCAAUUAUGAUUGUUGCAGGAACCCAAAUCGAAUUGUCUAUUGGAAUUAUUUUGGGAAUUUCGACAAUGGCAGCUGCUGCUUUGGGAAAUCUUGUUUCAGAUUUAGCUGGACUUGGCCUUGCAGGUUACGUUGAGGCUUUGGCUUCUAGGUUAGGCCUCUCAAUUCCUGAUCUUACACCAAAGCAAGUUGACAUGUGGCAAACGCGUGUUAGCACACAUUUGGGCAAGGCUGUUGGGGUGACUAUUGGCUGCAUUCUAGGAAUGUUCCCUUUGAUUUUCUUUGGAGGAGGUGAAGAAGAUGAAAAACUGGAAACGACAAAUUAAUCAUCUUAGAAUACCUAUAAAAAGAUGUAAACUAAUGUACCUCAGUCAUUAAAUAUGCUGUCACAACAUUUAGCAGUGAAGACAGUAACAGUGUAUAGAUAUGGGAUCAAAUAAUUCAGCAUGUAUUAUGGAAACACUAACUUAUUGUGGCUUGGUCUUCUUAAGACAUCUUUUUAAAGACUAUUUAGUAUCAUUUUAUGUAAAGUGUUGAGAUGCUUUUCAUCAGUGGCAGUCAACAUGUAUUCUUUCUAUGUAUCAACAUAUUAUUUAACUUUCAGUCAUUGGUACUGUACUGUACUGACUUGGGGUUUGCCUAUUUGUUAUGUAACAUGUACAUGCAUGGGAAUACCUAUUUAUGUUUUUGUUUUUUUUUUUCCUGAUGGUUUUAUUCAAUGCUAGGGUUUCUCCAAAUUAUUUAAGAUGUUUAGUAUCAGUUAAAAUUUUAACUCCCUCUCUGGUGGCAUCAUUUCUGUGCUAUUUCACAGCAGACAUUUCCAAGCAUAUAAAUUCACUCAGUUUUAAAACUUUCACAGCUAUUCAAAGUGAAGCAGUGUUUUAAGCAUAUCCAAUUCAUUUUAAUUUUGAACCACACUGUCUUAAGAGCCAGCGGUUGAUCAGAAAGAGCAAUUACCUGGCCUCCCUUUUACACCACCGUACAUGCUAACAAGUGUACUUAUUUCUCAUUGGCUUUUUUCCUCUCAUUUCUCAACUUGGAGCAGUCACUCGGGGAGUUCUGAUUUGUGAGGAAAAGGCAUGCUCUGUUGCUUGCUGUCUCUUGGAUGGGAUUAAGAGAGUAGGGUGAACUGAGGAAUUAGAGAUGGAUGGCAUUAGGCUAAACUUUUUUGUUUUAGAAAAAUAGAAAAUGGAAACUUUCAAGGAGUUCUAUGGAGUGAGUAGCGUUCAGGUGGUAUUUGGAAGGUUCAUGAAGCAUCAGCUCAUUACUUUGGAAGAAUUUUCCCCCUAAAGUGUUGUUGUCUCAUGGAAUGGAAUGAGUCUAAAUAUUCCAUGUCCAGAAUCCUAAUGUCAUUAGAUCUUGCUUUAUGAGUUUUUUUUUUUCUGGAUGCAUUUUUUUUUUUUUUUUUAAGAAAUAACAUCUAUUUUAUAUUUUGCUCUUCACUAUAUAGAAUCUAGUCAAAUAUAACAUGAGAAGAAAUCCCUUCUCCCAUUUUUGGACUUUUUUUUUCUUUUGUGGUGAUUAUAGCAUAUGGUUGGUUAAAGCUGUUUGUGUCUAUGCUUGUAUGUCUAACCAAAUACAAUUAUGUAGGAAUCCGAGUUUAAUUUAAAACCCCUGAAGUUUUUUCCCAUAUGUUCUACUACACAUGCUAAAAAGUUACGUGUAGCAGAAUAAUUGAACAUAUGAAAGCGAGAAAUUGAAGUUAGAAUUUAUUAAAAUUAAAAUUGUUCAUGUUUGCUAACUAGAUGGAAAAGACAAGCUUCACAUGCCUGUUUUAAAAUCUCAUUCUGGAGUUAUUUUGCACAUGAUUACUUUUUGUGUUCCUUUUAAGGAAGAUUUCUUCUUUAGAAGAAAGCAUGUCACAUCUUGUCCCUUUUUUAUUUGGGAUGAUUUAGUGCUGUCCAUUUAUCAUAGAUUUUAAGGAAAACUAGAUAGGAUAAAAGUAAAAAAAAAAAAAUCAAAUUCAUAUACACAAGUAAUGUUUUCCUUUGAUCAAACUAGCAUUACACGACUUGAGAUCACAGAUUUAUCUUUUUUAUCUUCAUCCAGACGUCACACACGUGGAUACCGAGCAGAGGGUUCCAGGUUGAUAGGGUUAGAAUUCGUCUUCAUUUUCUGUGUAAACACGUGUUUGUCUUUACCUUGUAUAUUGGUGGAUUCCCUGAUUUUGUUUUUAAGUGUUGUAUUGUGGUGCUUAACUUUUCUUCUUAUUAAAUCUCAUCUCCAGAAACUUGUCUUGGAGUUUAGAAAGGACUUUUGACGGUUGAUUUUCUUUCUCUUCCUCUUGAAAAUACCCAAGUCCUUAUUACCAGAAUUAUGCCAGUUUCAUUGAAAAUCUUCAGUUAUCUGAGCUAUCAAAACAUGAAAGAUGUAGCUUUCACAUUGAAAGACGUUCUGAUUUUCAGUCAAAAAUUUGAAUCAUGUUUAAUCAAUAAAAUGUUUUUGACUCAUUAAGAUGCUUAGUUUUCAAAAGCAGACAAACAAAAUCAGUCUCCCUGUCCUCAACCAAAGGUAUUGUUUUCUCGCUCUUGCUCUGCCCUAACAUGAUGCUUUGCACAAUGUGAUUUCUGAAGAUGGUUCCCUUUAAAUUAGUGACUCCAUAAGACCCUUGUUGAGUGUUUUUCACCACGGAGAAUCUAAUGUCAGCUGGAACUGGACCGCCUGUUUCUCAUUGCAGCUGUCUGUGUCAGCGUUAGCGCUACGGCAAACUGUAUCAUGAGCUGCUGUAGUACUGUUUGUUCAGCGUCCAUGUUCAUGUAUUACAAUUUAUUAACUGAUCGAUGCAUGUAACCCGGGUGCAUUUUGUUGCCUCUGUAUGUUAAAUAGUGACCAAUGUUUUUAUGAAAGAAUUGAACAAAAGAUAUCUUUUAAGACAUUU